UCCGAAGACUCGAUUUUCUCAAGUAGCACAAAAAGAUUUUUAAUCAAAACUUAGCAACAUCUGUGCUAUACUUGUAGAUGUCGGUGAAUAGAGAAGCAAAACUAAUCCCAAAUACAAUACACAUCCAUUAUUAUUAGAUUUUUCCCUGAUCAAAAUUAAAAACUGGUCAAACAAACAACACAUCUCAAACAAAAGCACAAUAAUGGAAUCCGAAGCCAAAAACUUGGUAAUCUACAUAACAUCAAUCAUAACAUCACUUACAUACUCGUACUACAUUUCUUCCAAAAUCCCAAAAGGUAUAUACAGAUUCCUAUCUCUGAUUCCCAUCUUUUACCUCUUCACCAUUCUCCCACUUGGUUUCUCCUUUGUGUUCACCACCGCCCUCUCUGCCUCUUUCACCACAUGGCUCACAAAUUUCAAACUCAUUCGUUUCGCUUUCGAUCUCGAUCCAUCUCCAUUUCACCCUUCUCAGUCCCUUCUCCAAUUCAUCACCUUCACUUCCUUGCCCAUCAAAUUACCAGAUGCCAUAAAUCCAACCACUUCACAUAAAAAUAUCACUACCCAAUCCCGUCAAAAACAAGAUACGGAAAACUCAGAAACUCGUCACAAAGAUCAAUUGUCUAUAUUAAAGUUAAUUAUUCAUAUUGCUAUAUUCGCAAUACUUGCGAAUAUAGUACUAAACUAUGGAGACAACUUUAUAAGCAUACAUUAUGUCCUGGUUAUAUAUUGUGUCAUGUUAUAUCUUAUAAUAGACAUCAUAUCUGUUUCAAUCAGCGUUCUGUUCUUUCUUUUAACCGGGCUCGAACUAGAGCAACCAUCCAACGAUCCUUAUUUCGCCACGUCACUACAAGACUUCUGGGCUAGAUGGAACCUCAUGGUAACAAAUACGUUACGUCACACAAUAUACAAACCGGUUCGGAUAGCCUUAUCCGGUUACAAGUGGGCCCCGCUAGCGGGUGUAGUGGCGUCUUUUAUUGUGUCUGGUAUCAUGCAUGAGCUGUUUCUUUAUCAGCUGUCACGUGAGCCCCCCACGUGGGAGAUGACGAUGUUUUUUGUGUUACAUGGGAUAUGUGUGGUUGUUGAGAUGGUUGUUAAAAGGAUGGUUAACGGUGGUCGGCGGUUGCCGCCGGUUUUGGGGACGGUGUUGACGAUGGGGUUUGUGCUGGCUACCGGAUUUUGGCUGUUUUUUCCGCCGUUAAUUAGGAGUCGUGUAGAUGUGAAAAUCUUUCAAGAGUAUACGUCGGCUGUUGACUUUGUCAAGGCUAAAUUAUUUGUAUUUUAAUCACACGUCAUUAUUUAUUCAUUUUAUUAUUAUUAAUGUAUAAUUUAAUUAGAAAGAACAAACUUUUCCA